CGAGUUUGCCGCGCUCAUCAGGCUAAAGGUCGAAAGUUGAGGGCUAGGUCCAUCGAGAGAUGUUCGAGAUACCAGAGCUCCUGCAAGCUAUCUGCCGGGUUGGAGAGCUGCGCCGUCACGACAUCUAUCAAUUCAUCCAAGUGUGUCGUUUCUGGCACGAUGCCGCCAUAUCCAUGAUCUGGGAGGACCUCAGCAGUCUGGUACCUCUCCUUCGCUUGCUGCCCGAGGAUGCUUGGCAGCUAGAACAGAGGAAGUUGCGUUUAGGCAGAAGCAUGCAAGCUUUCGUCUUGCGCCGUCCUCUAUCUGAGGCGGACUGGGAAAAAGUACCCCAGCGCUCGUGCUUCGUCAGAUAUCUCACCGUUCGUGAGCUUAUGGACAAGCGUAUGUUGUCGGAGCAGACGCUGGAGCGUUUACUGCAGAGUCCGCCGCCGUCCGAUCUCUUUCCCCACCUUCGAUGCCUCAGGUUCGAGGUCGCGAUGCCGACAACGCACGACAAACCCUUGCUGGCCAUGCUCUUGUCACCGACAAUUACCUCAUUGAUCGUGUCGUCGAGCGAUGAGGAGCUCGUCAGUGACUAUGAACCCAUUGCUCGCCGCUGUCCUGACAUCCGGACGCUCAUCGUCAAUGAGUCAUCCAUGGACGACAUCAUGGCUCCUAUAUCGUCGUUCGACAUCGCCAACGCCAUCUCAAGAUGGUCGGGGCUGCAGACGAUCACACUUCGUAUUGGCCCAUGGCAUCCUAGCCUUGUGAUGCAGCUCGCGCGCCUGCGCAAUCUCUCUGAGCUCACACUCUGGAUCCACGAGGAUGACGGCGAGAACCCCAACGCCGGCGAGCCUAUGUCACUAGACGAGCCUGCCUCGCGCUUCGUGUCCCUCAGGAAGCUGACGCUCGGCGGUGCACCUGUGCGCUGUGCGAUUAGCUUCCUAGAACUGCUGGAUGGGUCGCCUAUCGAAGCUAUAUCCCUGGCUCCAGUCUUGCUAAAGCACUCCCUCGAUAGUUUUCAGCGGCUGCUCAACCUUAUGCGGGACCACUGCUCCGCAGACACGAUGCGCUCGCUGCAAAUCUACUUCGACAAGGAGGAUGACGAGGCGCAUUGGAUACGCACGCCGCUGCAGAUGCAGAGCAUACGGGCCCUCUCACGCUUCCGUAAUAUGGAGGUUCUGUGUCUGCAGGCCACCUUCGGCGUCGCUCUGACAGAUGCUGACUACGCCGAAGCUGUCGGCUGGUGGUCAAAGCUCACCUCCUUCAAUGUCGAUACCAGAUCGCUGGCAUUGAUCACUGGCGAAGUUCCCGGCACCCCAGCUACCCUGCAGACGUUGAUUCACUUUGCGCGCUCGUGCCCGUCUCUACAGACCCUCGAGCUUCCACUUCACGUGACAGAUGUACCGCCGGUGGAUCUGGAGCUGUAUCGGAUGAGGGCACGCAACCAUCCUCUUCGAUACUUAUUUGUUGGCGAUUCGCCUAUCGCGGAGACGGACAAUGCCGCACUACUGCUCAGCAGAAUAUUCCCCGCAUUGGAACCCGCUGACCUGGCAUACGACGACGAGCCUGAAUGGAGCGAAGGGUGGCGCGAUGUCUCUGAGAGCCUCCGUUUGCUCGCUCGGGUUCGAGCAUUGGAAGAUGCUGAUCACAGUACAAUGGAGGUAGAUUGAGAAGGAAAUAACAGCACGUGGAUGUCUUGAAUACAAGCAGGCGUCCAAUGCCAACUUCUCCAUCGAGCUACCUUUCAUGACUUGUCACUUAUUUGCUAACUUUUACACGGUGGUGUGACGGCGAACACGAAACUAAACUUGCCUGUUCUGGACAUUCUCCGUUUUGCUUCCGUUCUUCGCGUUUCAUACACUGUUUCUUAUCAUGAAUUAUACGCCUCGAAGUAUGCAUAAUGUCC